CGUUGAUGGCAGUUGCAUGCGUUGCAUGGGUGUAAACGGACAGACGUACAGUCGGACAGACAGCUGCAGUGUCAUCAUCUUGCUCUGUGCGUCUUAUUGUACGGAACGAGCUUGAAGUGUCGGAAGUUCGAAAAGGAGCAAGUUGCUACUAUGCCUCAGCGAAAACUAACCAAAGUCACGUUACUAUUAAUGUUGCCUGUUUGGCCAAGAGAAUUCGCGAUGUAGCCUCUUAUACAGUUGAUCUCAUCGCGUUCGCGUUUAUUCCUCAUCCGAUGUACCGAGAAGUAUCGGGAGCAUUUCGUGCAACAUUUUCAAAGCCAAGUCGCAUGAAAUCUCCUGUUGUUGUUCUCGUAAAAACAUUUGUCUAUUGUCGUGUCACCCUUUGUCGUUAUUCUCGACCUUUUCAUCUACGUUCAUAUCUCCGUUGUCAUCAUUCUCAAGUGCCUUCUCUUUCCCUCUUUCACACUUUUAACUCACUAUUUUCUGAUUUCAACCACGCGAAAAGUCAGUGUAUGCAUCGAGUGACGUACUAAUAUAUUUGUUAUUUCGAGAUAAAGUAUAAUAACACUGACAACAGCCAGAUUAUACACAUUGCAAGAUAAUUAUAUAUGUGUUAAAUAUAUAUUUCAAUAUAUUAAAAUAAUUUUCACUUUAUACGAAGAUAUGAGGUGGAUGGCUCAUUCCAAAAUGCAUCGCAUUUAUUAGACAUCAUCAAAAUAAAUGGAUUUUUUUGCCAACUAAAAGGCAAAGUGUUCUUAUUUGAUACAUAGAAUAAAAGAAAAAGAUGUCCCAAUUAAGUAUUAGUACUGGGAAGAGAGGGAGGAGUGUUGCAAGCUCCUCCGCGUCUACUGUAUCAUCUCUGAGCAGCUCAACUGACCUAGCAAGCCUAUUCGAAUGUCCAGUUUGCUUUGAUUAUGUUCUUCCACCAAUCUUACAAUGCCAGAGUGGACAUCUUGUUUGUAGUAAUUGCAGACCAAAACUUAACUGCUGUCCUACCUGUAGAGGUCCAUUAGGUAAUAUCCGCAAUCUGGCAAUGGAAAAAGUGGCAGGUAACGUGAUGUUCCCUUGCAAGUAUUCGACAAGUGGAUGCACAGUGUCGCUAGUGCAUACUGAAAAGGCAGAUCACGAAGAUGCAUGUGAAUUCCGUCCAUACAGUUGUCCUUGUCCAGGAGCUUCUUGUAAAUGGCAAGGAUCUCUCGAGCAAGUAAUGCCACAUCUUGUUAUGAGUCACAAAAGCAUUACAACUCUUCAAGGGGAAGACAUUGUUUUUUUAGCAACAGAUAUUAAUCUUCCUGGUGCAGUGGAUUGGGUAAUGAUGCAGUCCUGCUUUGGUCAUCAUUUUAUGCUAGUGCUUGAAAAACAAGAGAAGUAUGAUGGACAUCAACAAUUUUUUGCUAUCGUUCAAUUGAUUGGUUCAAGAAAACAAGCAGAAAAUUUUGCAUACAGACUAGAAUUGAAUGGGCAUAAAAGGCGCUUAACAUGGGAAGCUAUGCCGCGUUCUAUUCACGAAGGUGUUUCAUCUGCAAUUUUAAAUUCGGACUGCCUUGUAUUUGACACCUCCAUCGCGCAAUUAUUUGCCGAUAAUGGAAAUCUAGGAAUUAAUGUUACAAUUUCUAUGGCAUGAGGAAAGCUAGAAAAAGCAGUGUAAAAUAUUUUAAAUGUAUCAAGCAGUCUUUUGAUUGUAAUUCAGUCUUUGCACUGAGGAUUGCCCGUUAUGUACAUAUAGCAUUUUUUUACGUUACCACAGAUAAAUAUUAGCAAUAUGGAUGUUGGGAUAUGUUUGGAAUGUGUUGAUAAAGCACAGAAAUCAAACGCUCAGUUACAGGACCUCCCUUUUAGAAGCUUUAAAGAGUACUUGUAUGUGAUAUUAACAUUACACAUGGAAACAAUAAACAAUCAUGCAGUAUACUUAUGCUGACUUUAAAGCUUUAGCACUGAGUAUAACAUCAAUUCCAAAAUGUACCUGACACCUAUUGCAUACUGUUAUCAUGUUCUUUUAGUCACUUCUUACUGAGCCAAUUUAAAAAAAAAAAACAAUUUCUUUAAUUUUGAUGCUUACCAAUUUAAUUCUUUAUAGAAAUAACGUUAUAUUCUAUAAAAAAAAAAAAAGUAGUUUUCAAAAGAUCAAUAAUGAUCUGUUGAUAUACAGCAUGGCAUUAUAAGUAAAAAUUGAUGGUACAUACCUGAAGAAAUCCUCUAUACGUAAUUUUUUACUAUGUAGUAAUGUGUACUAAGCUGCAUCAGUCAUUAUUUAUUUUCAUUUAGAAAUUUUGCGUGGUCGCAUAUUUAUUAUAACCUCAUCUUUAUCUAUAAUUAUAGUUAAAAAGUAAGUUCAUUUUAAUAAAUUUACUUUCUUUUUAAUUAA